AUGAUUCACUUAGCAUCGAUCUGGCUAGCAUAUAUCGCAUACAAGCUUCUACAAAUGCAGAGGAAACAGCCCAGCAGCCCUAGUAAGCAUGCGAAGCGACUGCGCGAAAUGUUCAAGAUUUUUCAACGUGCCAAGGAGGAAACCGCAUCUGCACCGGAGCAGAAACGUAACGCUACGACGGAAUCGCAGCAAGGCGCGGCUCCAAGGUUGCGCAAGUCAUCGCCAGAGGUUUCAUCAUCUAUAUCCACAUCACGUUCAAGACACAAGAAGAAAUCUGGGAGCGACACUAAAACAGCCAUCGAAACAUCUGCUGCAGAAAAGUCCGCUUCUGAUAGAAGACGAAACAUACGAAUAAAAUACGGAAUACGGGAAGAGGAUCAAGAGAAAAAAACACAAGCUGAAGAGCAGGAGGAAUUUGAGAACGUUUGCGCAGUAGUUCGCCCUGCAGCAACAAAAAUGAGAAAGGCGAAGUUGAGAUGGAAAAAAUUGGAAGGAGAGACACCACCACCAGCCUCUGACGCGGAGAAGUCAUGCGCGGAAGGCAGUGCAGAAUUACUAGAAGAUAUGGGAGAGACUGAAUCACAAGAGAAAAAUCGUGUAAAUGAAAUCAUGCGCAGGGCUGGUAUUUUGACGAAGGAAGACGUGGAAAGAGUACGAGCAGCAGAAGCAUCGAUGACUGAAGUGCAAAUACUUAUAAUUAGAAUACAAGAGCUUGAAUUAGCCAAUCGCAAAGCUAAGUUACAACUAAAGCGACUGAAAAAACAGUUAAGAGAAAAGGAAAAGAAAGUAGAGGAGCUAAGCUCUUUGGUCGCCUUCUUGCAGAAGCAAAAUGCGGAACGAGAAGAGAGAGAAGAAAAAGUGGGUCAUGCUGAUGAAGCUGUUGCCAUUCGUGGACUUGAAAUAAUAAAACGGAAUCAACUACUCGAGCAAACAGUUCACAACGUUGAAAGGACUAUGCUAUGCAAUUUUUUCGAAGCUGUUGAACCCAAGCCAAAUCAAGCGAUAGUAUCCAUUAUUGACAAAGCGCUUACAUAUGCUGUUGAUGUGUUACUAAUGCGACCAGAUUUAUUUGACGAUUUUGUGGACAACGAACUACGGCUAUUUCUUCUUGACAAUCAAAGGGCCAAACGUGUUCUUCUCGAUGUCAUGCUAGCACAUCCGGAAUAUGUUCCUCAAGCAUGGGGUGGGGAUCAUUUAAUGAUGCGUCAAAGGGAAGAACGUCUUAGAGCGGAGCAAGAAAAGGAAGAAAGAAAAGUCAAGCCGCAUACCACUGCAGAAGACAGAGCUGUUGCAGAAGAAGAGAAACCAGCUCCUUUGCAAAAGAUGGAGGUGAAAAAAGAAACAAAAGUUUUGCGAGGUGUUCAAGAAAGCCCACUCAACAAAGAAAAAGAAGCAGCGAUGAAGAAGUCCAGUGCAAACGGAAAACUGAAGGGACUCGAAAACAGACGACAUCCAACACCGUCAGCGCCCUCACCAGUGCAAAAGAAAGAAGCAGCACCACCUUUAAGGGCACCAGCUCGAACGAAGCAAGCACCGGAUAAACGAAAAGUCGUUGUGAUAGAAAAGCGGGGGAAAUGAUGUUGAC